CUGCUCCUCCCACCCUCGGAACCGGCACCAAAACGCCUGUCUGCAAGGUCCUCAGCGCGCUGCAGCCUGGAGCUGCGGCCACCGCAGGCUCUCUCUCGGUGAGUGCCUGUGUCCCUUCGCGGCUCGCCCGGCCCGGGGUGCCUGGGAAUUUGCUCCAAGGGGCGCAGGUGCUUGGCGGCGGUGCUGCCCAUGGCCGGGUCGCAGAGAGGAUUGAGGGCGCCGGACCGGCUGGACGGGUACGCGACUCAGUAAUUGGAAAUUGGAGACACUCAUGUUCCAGUAAUCAAGAGGGAUCCUUGCUGCCGCUUCAUGAUCCAGGGGCGUGUGGCCCAGUGAAGUUCCUGAGCUGUACAGCAUGACCUUGCUGCUGCUCCUGGGCACGGUGCUGCUGGUGGCCCAGCCCCAGCUCGUGCCUUCCCACCCGGCUGCUCCUGGCCCGGGACUCAAACAGCAGGAGCUUCUGAGGAAGGUGAUUAUUCUCCCGGAGGACACUGGAGAAGGUGCAGCCACCAAUGGUUCCACCCAGCAGCUGCCACAGACCAUCAUCAUUGGAGUGCGCAAGGGUGGUACCCGAGCCCUGCUGGAGAUGCUCAGCCUGCAUCCUGACGUUGCGGCAGCUGAAAACGAGGUCCAUUUCUUUGACUGGGAGGAACAUUAUAGCCAAGGCCUGGGCUGGUACCUCACCCAGAUGCCCUUCUCCUCCCCACACCAGCUCACGGUAGAGAAGACACCUGCCUACUUCACUUCGCCCAAAGUGCCUGAGAGAAUCCACAGCAUGAACCCCACUAUCCGCCUGCUGCUCAUCCUGAGGGACCCAUCCGAACGUGUGCUAUCCGACUACACCCAGGUGUUGUACAACCACCUUCAGAAGCACAAACCUUACCCACCCAUCGAGGACCUCCUAAUGCGGGACGGACGGCUCAACGUGGACUACAAGGCUCUCAACCGCAGCCUGUACCAUGCACACAUGCUGAACUGGCUGCGUUUUUUCCCACUGGGCCACAUCCACAUCGUGGAUGGCGACCGUCUCAUCAGAGACCCUUUCCCUGAGAUCCAGAAAGUCGAAAGGUUCCUCAAGCUGUCUCCACAGAUCAACGCCUCGAACUUCUACUUUAACAAAACCAAGGGCUUCUACUGCCUGCGGGACAGUGGCAAGGACCGCUGCUUACACGAGUCCAAAGGCCGGGCGCACCCUCAAGUAGAUCCCAAACUACUUGAUAAACUGCACGAAUAUUUUCAUGAGCCAAAUAAGAAAUUUUUCAAGCUCGUGGGCAGAACAUUCGACUGGCACUAAUUUGCCGUCUGUUAGGCUCGGGACUUUUCCUGUUGUAACUUCUGGUGUACAUCUGAAGGGGGGAGGAACAAAUUUUAAAAAAGGCAUUUAAGCUAUAAUUUAUUUGUAAAACCCACAAAUGACUUCUGUACAGUAUUAGAUUCACAGUUGCCAUAUAUAGUAGUUAUAUUUUUCUACUUGUUAAAUGGAGGGCGUUUUGUAUUGUUUUUCAUGGUUGUUAACAUUGUGUAUAUGUCUCUAUAAUAUGAAGGAACUUAACUAUUGCACUGAAAAAAAUAGAUUUUUUUUUCUGGAGACGUCUUUUUUUUUUAAUAUAAUUAACCUGCCUCCAAUUCAAAAUAGCUCUUUGUUUGCAACCCUCCUUGUCAAAUCUAUAAUCUUUUUCUGCUUAAAAAAAUUUAUUGGUAUUAUGGACCUCUCUCCUCUCUUUUCUGAAUUUGUGCUUUUAAAUUUUAAUGUCUCACUGUGGUCAUCAGACUCAGUUUUUACUUGCACCUUGUAUUUCCUCCUCACUGAGAGAGUAUUAUUUUUGGAAGUGGCGGUUUUAUCUAUGUUCAAGUAAGCCUGCAUGUGGGUUUAGCCCUUGGAACCUGCAUAUGGGUUUAACCACUGCCAGCUUGCAUGUGGGCUUAACCCCUGCCAGCCUUUAUGUGGGAUUAACCUCGGCCACUUGCAUGUAGGUUUAACUCAUGUGACAGUUAGGUGAAGAAAACGGUCCUGAGAAUGAAAAACAGAUGAUAACUGGCAAGAGGUUCUUUAAGAUCCAAAUUAGUCUCAGAGGAUAUGGGCAAAACCCAUACUAAACGAGCUAUCACCUUGGAUUUCAGGAUGCUAUUGGGGCUGUAACCUUUGCCUUUCGUGGCAACUGGCCUCUGCAAAGCUUCUUAGGAGAGAGCAAGAAUCAGGCAAGUUCUCUUCGUGUGUAUCUGUCCAUCCUGAAUCUCACAUGAGGAGCACAGUAAGGAGUAGCCUUUGCUCACUCUAGAAUUUGUAUCCUGAAGAGCAACAUAUAUUUAGGAUCUUCUAUUUCAUACUCAGACAGAUAGAACUUCAAAAUCAGCCCCAACUUUGCAGUCUCGAAUAACAAAGAAAAUUAAAACUCCCAAGGACUGAAGUUAAGAUGUGAAAAAAAAACACAACGUAACCCGUGCACCUGCACACUGAAAUGGGAGUUUCACUUCUCCCUAGAACAGCCACAAAGCAGAGGCUGGUCACAAAAGCCAGUUCUAAGUCUCUGGUUUGUCACACAUACCUGACAAUCAACCUUUUAUGAUUAAAUAAUCUAGACUCUUUUCAUAAUGAUAAAUAUGGAUAAGGUAAUAAAGAUAAUAAGAUAA